AUGACGGCCAUCUUGGAUUGUAGCGGGGAAGAAAGAUUGAUGCGGUGACACGCGGUAUGUUUGGUGCUAACCGGAAGAAGUUUAUGGAGGGAGGGGUAGAGAGCGACUAUGCGGAUGACUCCAGCCUCUACUACACCCAACAGUCCAUGUUCCCUCCACACCGUGCUGACAAGGAUAUGUUGGCGUCUUCCUCUGCUUCCUCAACGGGUCAGCUGUCACAGCUAGGAGCCAGUUUAUAUGGCCCGCAGAGUGCUUUGGGGUUUCCCCUGAGGAGUAUGAACAGCAGCGCAGCACCUCAGUUAAGUCGAAGUGGGUUGAACCAGUCUGCCAGCCAGCUCCCCAGUCAUGCCAGUACACCCAGCACUGGCACAAUGCACACGCCUCCCUCGCCGAGCAGGGGUAUCUUGCCGAUGAGCAGCCGGAGCGUGCUGAACCACAGCCAACAGGUGGGGGGUCCGACGGGGCAGACGGGUGGGAUGGUGGGAGGAGUAGGAGGAGAGAGGGGAGGCGGCGGUGUGGGAGCAGGGAGGAGCAGCAGCAUGGGGAGUCCCAGCCGGUCGUCACCCAGCAUCAUCGGCAUGCCCAAACAGCAGCAGGCACGGCAGCCUUUCACUAUUAACAGUAUGUCAGGGUUUGGGGUGAACAGGAAUCCAGGCUUCAACAUGAACAACUCCCUAUCCAACAACAUCUUUAAUGGCACAGACGGCAGUGAGAACGUGACGGGCUUGGACCUGUCAGAUUUCCCGGCUUUAGCAGACCGGAGUCGGAGGGAUGGAGGCUCGAAUCCCACCCCCCUGCUCAACCCGCUGGCUGGUCGGGCUCCUUACGUUGGCAUGGUAACGAAGCCGUCCAGUGAACAGUCGCAGGACUUCUCCAUCCAUAAUGAAGAUUUCCCAGCUCUCCCUGGGCCCAACUACCAAACAAAAGACCCCACCAGCACCAACGAAGACAGCAAAACAGAGUAUUUUUUCCCUCCGUUUCUGUCAAAUCAGAAUCUGAACACAUCAGGAAAGCCCACCUCUAACUCAGAUGGUCCAAAGUUCCCCGGCGAUAAAAGCUCUGCGCCUAGCAACAACAACCAGCAGAAGAAAGGGAUUCAGGUGCUUCCUGAUGGGCGUGUGACCAACAUCCCAGUUGGCAUGGUAACGGACCAGUUUGGGAUGAUCGGCUUGCUGACGUUCAUCCGGGCAGCAGAGACGGACCCCGGCAUGGUCCACCUGGCGCUGGGCUCCGACCUCACCACACUCGGCCUCAACCUCAACUCACCUGAGAAUCUCUAUCCUAAGUUUGCGUCUCCCUGGGCGUCGGCUCCGUGUCGACCGCAGGACAUCGACUUCCACGUCCCCUCAGAGUAUUUAACCAACAUCCACAUAAGGGACAAGUUAGCAGCUAUCAAGUUGUCUCGAUAUGGUGAAGAUCUGCUGUUUUAUCUCUACUAUAUGAACGGAGGAGAUCUACUACAACUCCUGGCUGCAGUAGAACUGUUUAACAGGGACUGGAGGUACCAUAAAGAGGAGCGGGUUUGGAUCACCCGGGCUCCAGGUAUGGAGCCCACGCUGAAGACCAACGCCUACGAGAGAGGGACCUACUACUUCUUUGACUGCCUCAACUGGAGGAAGGUGGCCAAGGAGUUUCAUCUGGAAUAUGACAAACUAGAAGAGAGACCUCAUGUUCCCUCCACAUUCAACUACAAUCCUGCCCAGCAGGCCUUCUGAUUGGCUCUACCUCCUCCUGCCUGCCUGCCAUUGGCCCUCCUGGCUCGUCAGUCAUCACCCCUCUAGGUUUUUCCACCUCCACACACUCAAAGUGAAUCUGGCCAAUAAGGACUUGGGACGGGAGAGGACGUCCUGGCUCCCGCUCUCCCAAACACUGAAUAGACUUUUCUGAUUUUUCUUUGUUCUUUACCUCAUUUUCUUUCUUUCUUUCUGUUUUUUUUUUUUUAUUUUAUUUCCCACCCGCCUCCAUGACUUUGGUUUGGUCGGCCUGUUAUGUGGAGCACAGACAGCACAGCACGACACACGGCGACACAAGCACUGUAAAUAACUGUCCAUCUGAUCGAGUGAUUCAUGUUUCUAUUCAGUCUUAAGAAUUGACUAUUUUUGUCUAGAGAAGCUUUUAAGAAGAACCAGAUUUUAACACAGAAUAAAAUCACCUGUCAGGAUGGAUAAUUAUUUCACACACUGUGUCACACCUCGGACCUUUGGCAGGAACUGAAGCUAUUUAUCGUCUUUAUUUUCACCAGGUUUUCCAGCAUUACCAAUCAGAACACACACAUCAGCAGACAGCCGAGAGUCAGGAGAGGAAAUGCAAUGUACAUUGUAGCACUAUUUCAUAAUAAAAGAAGAAAAAAUAUCUUUUUUUUGUUUGUUGAAGUUAAUGUGGCGACACCUGAAGGUUAUCCUGAAGCUUAGCAGCCAGACGCACUGACACACAGACAGAUGGAAGUCUCUCUGGGAGGGAUGUGUUCGACAUUUCUGUUUUAUAUCCUCAUUUAUUCUCCUCUUAAAUUCAAACUCUGGCUUUAUUCUGUUUUUUCCUCACAUAGUCGUCAAAUCCUGUGUGCAGAUCUAAAUACUCUCAAUAAUUUACUAAAACAGCAGCGAACACGUCAAAACAAGAGGAAGUCAUGUCAAGUCAUGUUUGCUGGGGACUAUUUUCAGUGGCGGAUGAAUACACAUUUUGUGCUCCAGCCUCUGGCCUCAGGCCGCCUCCUCUGAUUCAUCCAGUUUUCAAAUUAUUAUCAAUUAAUCUGCUGAUUAUUUUUUCAAUCAAUCAUUUCUUCUAAAAAUGUCAGAAAAUAGUGCAAACAGAGAAAAACAGCAAAUUCUCAUAUUAGAGAAGAGUGAACCAAUGAACGUUUGGCAUUUUUAAUUGAUGAAUCAAUUACUAAAAUAGUUGCUGAUUACAUUUUCUGUUGAUUGAUUAUUCUAAAGUCCCAUAAAUGUCAUAUUCUUAAAUGAAUCCACACGUGUAGAGAUAACUCUUUAACUUUACAUCUUUUAACUUUAAUUUUCUAGAAAUGAAUAUCUACGCUUCAGAAGGAAGGAUUGAAGCUGGUUGCUGCUGCAGAAAUAAUUUGAGAAAAUACUUUAAACAAAUUAUUUAAACAGGAAAAAGUCUAAAUUCCCUCUGUGGUUGAUUGUUUCAGUCUGUCAGUGUGGCUCACUGAUGUGUUUUAAUGGAUCUCAGUUAUUGUCAGGAGACGUUUUCAGUGUUAGUUUGAAUCCUGCACACGAGAUUUAAUGAAAAGAAGGAAAAAACAGAGUAACACCAGACCACAACUGAACACAAAAACACGUUUAGAUUUAGAAAAAUGUGGGUUUCUCUCCACGUUCUGCCACAGUUUGGUGGAAUAAACAGUUAAAAUGUGAGCUCAUCCCUCUCACAGUGACCCGUUUCCUAGUUUCCACCAUCUUCCUUUUCUUAUUGUUUUUUAUUCCGACAUCUCAGCUCCCUCUGUCUGCCAGCGGAGCCCCCCGUGUCUUCACUUUUAAUAUUCAUUUUAAGUUCUAUUUUUCUGUCACCUCCCACAUUUAUUGGCAGUCGUCUAUUCUCCGCCCUGCAACAGUCGAACCAAUCAGAGGGCUGGAGUGACCUCUCAGGAUCAUUCAGGAAGGAAUACACUCGUUCACUUUCUCUCUGAGAGCUGGAUUUCCAGAAUGACGCCACACUCAAGUCUGUACGCUCUAUACGACGCUACGGCUGGGAGACCGUUAGCUUAGCUUAGCAUGAAGACGACUUGGCAUUUUUACACUUUCGUUUUUGUACAAAAAAACCAACGAGAUACACGGCCACAUGCUAAUUAGCUUUAACGGUCCCUUUGGACAGAGCCGAGCUAGCUGUUUCCAUUCUUUAUGCUAAGCUAAGUUAGCCGGCUGCUGGCGGUAGCUUCAUAUUUAUUGUGUGGACAUGAUAAAGGGUUCAAUCUUCUCAUCUAAUUCUCUGCAAGAAAGCGAAUGUCUGUUUCCCAGAAUGUGGAACAUUUCCUUUUAAGGUCGUUGCCGCUACAUCGAAGUCAAAAUGAACCAACAGAGGCCCAGUUCUUACACUAAAUGUCAUAAUUUUUAGCUUUUAAUUUCCUCCAGGAGGCACCAAUGUCCAGGUGUGUAUAUGUAUUUAAAUAUAUACACAUACAGACAUGGCAGUAUUUUUAAGAAAAAGAGGAAAAACUAAAAAGUGAGUCGUGUCUGAAGCGAGGAGACCCUCCGUCUGCUGGCCGCUAGUAAACCAUGCAAUACUAGACUUCCCGUUACCACGGAAACCACCAUGGAGACGGUUUACAGGGGACCACAUCUGACUCCGCCCACACCAACAGCCGCAGCGACUUCGGUUGCCAUGACUACAGGGCCCAGUUCACACUGCAGCAGCAAAGCCAAGGACACGCCCACAGACCCAUGUGACCUGCUCGGGAUGAUUUGAUUGGAGGAUGAGGACUGAGGCACUUGGCCGUUGGCUGUUUUAUUAAAUAUGGCAGCUAGUGUUUUAAUAGGAAAAAGAAUAAAAUAAAUAUUCUGGUAAUGAAACUGA